AUGAUAACCAGCUCAGGAGUAUCCGUCGCACCGAUGCCACUAAGCGACAGAGCGACAGACGAGAUUUCGGCAUUUUCGUUCGGCACGGCCCCGCGCAACGCACGACGCAUCGUUCGCAUGCAAUGCCAGCCAAUCGCCAGAUUCACACGCAAGCAGGCGCUCCGGACCAAAAUGGCGGCAAAUCACAGGUCCGAGGUCAAUCCUGAAAUUAAGCGCAAAGGAAAAUCCGUGUCCACACACAGUGGUCCCGCCAUCUGGCUGCCAUCAGAUAUCAUCAAUGCCAUCGCUGACGCCGUAAUCAUCACCGUCCAUGUAAGCGACACACGCCAGUUGACGCUGCAGCGUCUGGGUGCCACGCCCGCGCUGGCGGAGGAGGCACAAAAGGCGCUGCGCAUUCUCACUCAUGUUAGCCGUGACUGGCGGGCUGCUCUGCUGCCGCGUGCCUGGCGCACCGUGCAACUGACCGGCUCUAGCGGCCUCCUCAGCGCCCAUGACAUCCACGCCUUUGCCGCACAAAGCGUGCGUCGCCUGGUCGUGCCCUGGGGUGCCAUGGCCGCGCCCGUGUCGUGGAUGGCGGCUGGGGAUGGCAUGUUCUUUGGGGACGCCAACAACGAUGCCGGCAGCAGCAGCAAUGGCAGCAGCAGCAGCAGCGACAGCAUUGUUGGUUUCAGUGUCGACAGCUGCAGCCGCCUGCACAGAGGCAAGGAUGCCCCCAACGGAGACUCUGCAAGCACCAACCGGCUACGCAGCGUGUUUGGUGAUCAGGCAUGGCCUGCCGUUGAGCACCUCGACAUGUCGUUCAUGCCGCUUAUCUGCUACCAGGGCUUUGCCGCGCACAUUCAGCGCACAAUGCCGCGCUUGCGCUCAAUGCGCAUUGAUGGGUUUGUGCCAGCCACUGCUCUGGCCGACAUUCUGCAAUGCGCCCAGUUGCUGCCCCUGGCCGCCAUCGAGAUUGCCGGCAGCGUGUGGGCUAAUUCCGACAGUGGUCGCCGCAGCUCAGGCUCAUCCUGGCGCUCGUCGCUGUCGACUGUGGCAGCUAUCGAGACAGCGAAAAUCCAAGGCUCCGCUGCUGUCGCUGCCGUUGAUAGUGCAUAUCUGUGUACGGCCAUACACCAGCUGCCUGCAGUGCACCCGUCACUGUCAAUACUGGCCGUCACUGGCGACGCCCUGCGCUCACACACAGUGUUUGCAUUUGCCAUGGCGCAAACGUCGACGCUCCGCGCGCUUCACCUGAUUGAGUGCGACUACAAAGUUAUUGACAUGCUACGGUUCGGGCGCAUCGAGGAGCGGCACAUGCAGGCGGUCGAAUGGGCGACGACGCAGAUGGUGCUGCCCAGUCAGGAACAGCAAGCACACUAUUCCGGAAUUCGUGGCGGACGCAGAGCUGCCACACGGGAGAGCUCGCCGCAGCCCGUGCUUUGGGCGGCUUUGAAAGAAUUGCACAUUGAUAACUACUUUAUGGCGCCGCGCGAAAACACCGGACUGCGUAUCUACGCUGACUGCAUGCCUGCGCUCGAGCAGGUUGUUGUUGGCAAUAUGGAGCCCAGCGACAGUCAUCAUCCGGCACCUGCUGCUGCUGGUGCUUCGCAAGUGCCGAGGCUGUCCGGGGUAUUUCCCGAAUUGACUUACAUUAAAGCGCCGGUUUUCGAUAUUCGGUCGCUGCCUGAUCAUGCUCCUGCUUUGCGCUCGUUGUGCGUCGCUGGGGCCGGUUGUGUGCUGGCGCAGGCGAUGGCGCCGACUUGGCAGGAUAUUGCCGCGCUGCUGAGCUCGAGCCUACCGCUGAAGCGUACCAUCUUUAGUAGCUGA